UGUGUGUGUGUGUGUGUGUGUGUGUGUAUGUGUGUGUGUGUGUGUGUGUGUGUGUGUGUGUGUGUGUGUGUGUGUGUGUGUGUGUGUGUGUAAGUGUUCUGCGAUAGACUGGUCUCCUGUUCAGCCCUGUGCCCCUCAGGGCCGCUGCUCUACGCUUCAGCUGAUGAGGUUUCCAGGCUCCUCAUUUAGGAUCUGCUUUAAUCACCGUGUCUGAAGUUCCAGUUCCUCCCAAAGUCCAGGAGAACUUUCAGGACAAUGCAGCCAUGAAGGCGUGAGGUCGAAGGAAGAAGGGCUCCCGACCUACAUUUUCAAACUAAACUUGUUACACGCCAUACAGCGUCAGUCAUUGCUGAUAUCCGUGUUUAGAACAUCGCUUGGUGAAUUAUGAGUCACAUUAAGCAGAAGCAACCGCACUCCUCAGCCCCAAAGACCACGAGAGCUACUGCUAGCAUUGCCGGUAAGUUGGCAGCCAUCGCCGCUACCUCCAACCUCGAAAAACAGACCAAGACAGAAACUUUUGAAUCUGUCUCCAUGGACCAGCUGAUUUCUGAAUUAACUAAACAGCGCAUUAGUAUCAGGGAAAACAUUUCUGACUUGAUUCGGGAAUCUAUUGGUCCUUUACAAAGCUCUGUCAAUGCACUGAAAGAGACUGUGGAUGGCUUUCAAAGCCACUUGGCCGCGACAGAAUCCCUGGCUGGGGAGAAUUUCGAAAAGCUGGCAGUGGCCGAAAAUACAAUAAAAACUUUGCAAGCGCAGAAUAUAUCUCUCUUUGACCGCGUUGAAGAUUUGGAGAUGAGAUUGCGGAGGGCUGACCUGAGGAUUGUGAACGUUCCGGAAGGGAGCGAAAACGGUCAUGAUCCCGUUACGUUCAUUGCCGAGAUGCUGCUAGAGAUGACGGGCACGGAAGUCUUCGACAAGCCACCAGCACUUGAGAGAGCGCAUCGAUCACCCGGUCAAAAGCCAGCUGAUGGCCGUAAACCACGUCCCUUUGUGGUGUGCUUUCACAGGUUCCAAGAAAAGGAGCAAUUACUGCGAUGGUCAAGGUGACAUGCAGCAAAAUACACGGGGAAUCCAAUCAGAAUCUACCCGGAUCUCAGCGCUAUCCUGUCAAGGAGACGCGUGUCUUACAGUGGCAUUAAACAAUCACUCUACCAAAAGAACAUUCAAUUCCAAUUGCUCUACCCGUCUCGUCUGAGAGUGACUUUUAAUGAAGAAACUUUCACGUUCAAUACACCGGAGGAGGCGAAACAGUUCUACGAGCAACGUAUCAAUGUUUAGGAUUUCCUGGACUAUUUAUUUAAUUAUUUUCUACGUUCAGUGUCUCCCUUUUGAGCCAAGGAUGAUGGGUAAUCAUUUUAUUUUUUUCUUGAG